AUGCUUAGAUCGUUAUUCAGCAGCAGGCUUACAGCCCUUCCCAAGACUCGUCCAGGUGCCCAGUCUAUGACAUCAUACUUUGCUAGUAUUCGCUCCAAUAUUCAACCCGCAAAGCCAUCUAUACCAUCCGUCUUUGACCAAUGUCAAAAGAGGUAUGCUACAUUGAACCAGAUAAGAAGUGGUAAGCAAGGCUUCCCUGUCAAGCCAAACGUUCCAAAGGCCCCUCAUUUGCAAGGAAACCCAUUCAAGAAAGGUGUGGUUGUCAGAGUUAUGAUUUUGAAGCCAAAGAAGCCUAACUCGGCUCAGAGAAAAUGUUGCAGAGUGAGACUUUCGACCGGUAAUGUCAUCUCUGCUUUAAUUCCAGGUGAAGGCCACAAUGUUCAAGAGCAUCACGUCGUCCUUGUGAGAGGCGGAAGAGUCCAGGAUCUUCCUGGUGUUAAAUACCGUUUGGUAAGAGGUGCAUUAGAUUUGGCUGGUGUGGCCAACAGAUCGACGUCACGUUCCAAGUAUGGUGUUAAGAAGCCAAAGGAUUAA